CAUUACCCCUGUGCACAGUCCCUGUUCAUAGAAGCUUCGCAUCCUUUUAUCCCGUCUCUUUAUCUACUACUUUUUUCCUCGCCCAAUUCCAUGUUCCCUCGCACACAAACCCUUUGCUCCAUCUGAAAACCCUAAACACAAAGAAACCCUUGCCCUUGAGUAUCCGGUCAUUCGUCGCCGCGGGCGAUUAGUUUUAGGGCAACCAUGGCCGCUCCGUCUAGAGACCAGGCGCUUUCUCUACUCGCCGCCUCAAACAACCACGGCGAUUUGGCCGUGAAGCUCUCGUCUCUAAAGCAAGCCAGAGAUAUUUUGUCGUCCGUUGAUCCUUCCCUUGCGGCCGACCUUUUCCCUUAUUUGGUGGAGCUACAGUCAUCGCCCGAGGGUCUCGUUCGAAAAGUGCUUGUCGAGAUAAUUGAAGAUGUUGGUUUAAAGGCAUUGGAAUAUUGUUCUAUGCUAAUACCUGUCUUGCUGGCCCUUGUAAGAGAUGGUGACCCUAUUGUUGCAAGACAGUCUAUUGUCAGUGGCUUAAAGUUCUACUGCAGAAUUGUAGAGGAAAUGGUGUUGCAGUUUCAUCGGCGUCGCAAAGUGGACCAGUGGCUUGAAGAACUAUGGAUGUGGAUGGUUAAGUUUAAGGAUGUUGUCUUUGCUAUUGUUUUGCAGCCUGGUUCUGCUGGGACAAAAUUGCUAGCAUUGAAGUUUCUGGAAACAUAUAUUUUAAUUUUUACAAUUCACACCACUGAUUCUGAAAAGCCUGCAUAUGAAGCUAUAGCAGGAGGUGGACGGUCAUUUAAUGUUUCCUGUCUACUUGGUGGCCACCCUAUUUUGGAUCCAGUUGUUAUGAUGUCCGAAGUAAAUAAAACUCUUGAUGUUUUGUUGGGUUUGUUGCUAUCAGCUGGUAGUAUUCGUGGUUCAUUGACAAUUGCUGUUGUCAAUUGUCUUGCUGCCAUAGCAAGGAAGAGGCAAAUUCACUACGAUACAAUUCUUUCUGCAUUGUUCAAUUUUGAUCCCAACUUCGAGGGGGUGGGGGGUUGCCAUACUGCCAGCAUCCGUUAUGCCUUGAGAACAGCCUUUCUCGGAUUCCUAAGGUGUACUAAUUCACCCAUUGUGGAGUCAAGAGAGAGAUUGCUCAGGGUGUUACGAGCAAUGAAUGCAGGGGAUGCUGCUGACCAAGUUAUCCGACAAGUUGAUAAAAUGAUGAAAAAUAGUGAGCGUGUAUCUCGUGAAACUCGGCUAGGAAGGGAUGACCAACCAUCAAGUCAUCUUCGUGAUUUUGGCGAUCUGUCAAGGAAAAGAUCCAUGCCUCAGGACAAUGAAGACAUUGCUUAUGAGGUGGCUUUCAAGCGAAUUCGUCAUGGUUCAAACACUCCCUCAGCUUUGCAAGUUCAAGUGAAUGGUUAUGGACAGGAUUCUGUUUCCGUGAAUGAAAUGUCUCCUAAUGUUCCCCAGCUUGACAGUGAUUUGACUCCAGUGGAAAAAAUGAUUGCGAUGAUUGGUGCACUGCUUGCGGAAGGAGAAAGAGGUGCUGAAUCACUUGAAAUUCUUAUUUCAAAUAUUCAUCCUGACCUUCUGGGUGAUAUUGUGAUUACUAAUAUGAGGCACUUACCCAAAACCCCCCCACCGCUAACACGGCUUGGGAAUCUGCAUAUUACUCAACAAAACGGCUCUCAAAGUAUUUCAGCACAGGUGGUGGCACCAUCUGUUUCAGCAAAUUCUGUGCAAUCUCCGGUUCCCACUUCACAAGUACAGUUUUCUUCAGUUUCCACAAUGAGUUCUUCGUUGUCCGAGACAUCCACUGUCAAUAAUUUUCCUGCAGAUUCUAAACGUGAUCCAAGAAGGGAUCCACGUCGUCUUGAUCCAAGGCGUGUUGUGAUGCCCACAGGAAUACCUUCUAUACAUGUUGUCGAGGACAUUGGUGCUGUGCAUUUUGAAUCUGAUGGUUCUGGUUCCUUGGGGAAGCCUGUUUCACCUCCUGCUAUAACAUCUGUUGAAACUCAGAUGCCGCAGUUGAUGUCCAAUGCAGAUGUCAACGAUAAUAUUUCGGGAAGUACAUUGGUCGCUGAAACUGAUCAAGGAAAUCCUGAAGAAGAGUUUGUGAGAAAAAUUGAGGAUGCUGUCCCAAUUCCAGAGGUCAAUGCUUCUCCUGAUCAGGCACUUUCUCCUCUCCAUGUCGCUGACGAGGAUUCUGAUGCGUCAAAGUUGUCUGAUGGCGAAAGAACAUAUGAAGCUGAUUCAUCAUCUUUUCUGGAAACCAAUCAGAAUUCCCCAACUAUUUCAAACACUUCUACAUCUGAGGAGAUGUGUGUGGAUUUACCUGUUCUUCCAGUGUAUGUUGAUAUGACUGAAGAACAACAAAUAAGUGUGAGAAAACUGGCAGUUGAACGAAUUAUCAAAUCGUAUGAUUAUCUAGAUGGUGCCAACUCUUGCAAGACAUGGAUGGCAGUACUUGCGAGAUUGGUUGCUCAGCUUGAUGCAGGUGAUGAUGUUGUGGUGGUGCUGCAAAAACAAAUAGUUUUGGAUCACGAAUGGCAAAAGGGGCAUGAUCUUGUGUUGCAUAUCCUGUACCAUCUACAUUCUCUCAUGGUCUCAGAUUCAGUUGAAACCGCUUCCAUUGGUGCAAUUGCUUAUGAAAAGUUUCUAUUGGCAGUGGCCAAAUCGUUACUGAAUAUUUUACCUGCUUCAGACAAGUCCUUCAGUCGACUUCUUGGUGAAGUUCCAUUUUUGCCUGAUGCUUCCCUGAAAUUGUUAGAUGAUCUCUGCUAUUCUAAUGUUUUUGAUCCCAAUGGAAAUGAGAUUCGUGAUGGUGAGCGUGUCACUCAGGGCCUUGGUGCUGUGUGGGGUUUGAUUUUGGGGCGUCCAAAUUAUCGGCAAGCUUGCUUAAGUAUAGCUUUAAAGUGUGCUGUUCAUUCACAAGAUGAUAUUCGGGCGAAAGCUAUUAGACUGGUGGCAAACAAACUCUAUCAGCUGAACUACAUGUCAGAACAUAUUGAAAAAUAUGCAACAGAUAAGCUACUUUCUGUUGUGGAUCAGCACGCUUUAGGUAUAGAGCUUUCACAAUCAAAGUCGGACAACAGAAGAGCUGAAGGAGAGGUUGCAAGACAUGAAAUGUCAACUCCUGAAGAUGAGAAUACGAGUGGUGCACAACUAGUCGUCCAGAAUGUGGCUACAGUGUCAUUUCCUGAAGCCCAACGCCUAAUUUCGCUGUAUUUUUCUUUAUGUACAAAGAAACCUAGUCUUCUUCGACUUGUAUUUGAUAUUUAUGGGAAAGCUCCAAAAAGUGUGAGGCAGGCUUUUCACCGCCAUAUCCCUGUACUCAUAAGGGCUGUAGGACCAUUUUAUUCUGAAUUGCUUCAUGUAAUAUCUGAUCCACCACAAGGGAGUGAAAAUCUUUUGACACUGGUGUUGCAAAUAUUGACUCAGGAAAUGACGCCGUCUGCUGAUCUUAUAGCCACUGUUAAACAUUUAUAUGAGACUAAGUUGAAGGAUGUGUCGAUUCUUAUUCCAAUGCUUUCAUCACUUUCCAAGGAUGAGGUUUUACCUAUUUUCCCUCGGUUGGUUGACCUUCCCAUAGAGAAGUUCCAGACAGCACUUGCUCAUAUAUUACAGGGUUCGGCUCAUACAGGUCCAGCUUUAACGCCUGCAGAAGUUUUGGUUGCCAUCCAUGAUAUCAGUCCUGAGAAAGAUGGUCUUGCACUGAAGAAGAUAAUAGAUGCUUGCUCUACUUGUUUUGAGCAACGGACAGUUUUCACACAACAGGUCUUGGCAAAGGCUUUGAAUCAGAUGGUUGAUCAAACUCCUCUGCCUCUCCUCUUCAUGAGAACUGUUAUUCAGGCAAUUGAUGCAUUUCCCAAACUGGUCGAUUUUGUUAUGGAGAUACUUUCCAAACUUGUGAAUAGACAGGUAUGGAGAAUGCCAAAGUUGUGGGUAGGGUUCCUAAAGUGCGUGUCUCAAACUCAGCCACACUCUUUCCAUGUGUUGUUGCAGCUACCAUCUCCUCAACUUGAAAGUGCUCUGAACAAGCAUGCUAAGCUCCGAGGUGCCUUGGCUGCUUAUGCCAGCCAACCUAGUAGGAAAGCUUCAGUUCCUAGAUCAACACUUGCUGUUCUUGGUCUUGCUAACGAAUCACAUUUGCCACAUGGCUCAUCUUUGCAUCCUUCAGACACCAACUCUUCAGUACAUGGAUCAACUAUGACAAGAUAAGAAGCUUUGGAAUUGUUCUAAUUGAUGAGCUAUUCUAACCUCACCAUUACGCAGAGGAAAUCUGAAGCUUGUUUUCCCCUGCUCAUGGUUCCAGUUGCCCACAGAGAAGAUACAAUUGGCUGGCCAUAUAAAAGGUGCUCACAUGGAAAGCUGCAUUGCUGGCCAGUGCGUAUGAAUGAGAAUCUAUAACAGGUGGCAUAUGACAUGUUUCAAUCACGGAGCGCUGGAAAAGAAUCCCCAUUCUGCACCUUCCAGAUACUGAUCUGGGUAUUGUACCAUAUAACUGUAAUAGUUCAAUUUUUCUAUUUAUUGGCAUUGUAAUUUUUUGAACCUGGGUUGCCUAUUUUUCCUGGCUGAGGAUGGACUUUGUAGUGUAAAUAUCGGGUGGCUAGUUGCAUGGAAACACGUAGAUGUCACCACCUGUUUCUGUGCUUAGGUUCUGGGACCCUAUCGAUGCUAAAGGAAAAGGAAUCAUUGGGCUCCCUUACAUGGUGUGGGAACCUGGACCUGGCUGUGAGGGAGACUGGACAGAGCGAGCUAACCCCAAAUAUUUGAUGGGGCCUGGAUAAAAGUUUGACAUCGAAGUGGUUGAUUGCAUAUUGAUUUUGCCAAUUAUUGUCUAUGAAUGGCUUGUUCCCCUCCGGUCUUAUUUUUGAAUCACCCUCCCUUCUAUAAAAUUAUCAUGGGCUUGGCCCCUCAACAGCAUAGCCUCGGUUCAAGGUUUUCUUUGCCACCGGUGUAAAUUCAUCGAUGUACAUUGUAUCACUUCCUAAAUGAGGAAGAUUUAUUCAGGAAUUAUUCCAGUUUAUGCUAUUA